AUGAUACUUGUAUAUUGGACAUACAAAGUAUUGUUAAAACGUUGUUUUGAUGUAGAUAUUCCUAAUCUGCAAUCCAUAAUAAGUUCGGGAUCUAGUUUCUAUAAUCCUCGUUCAAUUAUUCUGAAGAAUAUCGCAAAUGAUGUAAUUGCUGAAAACUUUGAAUUUAGAUUGGACAAUUCUUUCAGAAAAGUAACAACGAAAUCAAUUUAUAAAAUUCCAAAAGCUCUAGAAGACUAUAUUAAUUCCAUUCCAGGUGCUGGAUUAUAAUCAGGAAUAAAAUUCUUUGUAUCCCCAAGAUUGGAUA